AUGUCGAAACAAACUUCUCUACGUAAAUAUGGAAAACAAUCCAAGAAACCCAAAGCCGAUCGAUUAUUUGUCGACCUACCAAAGACACCAAUGCGAAAUCAGCCCCAGAAAGUAAUAAUAGAACAAGACGAUGAUAGUUCCGAUAAAAAAGUGCUGGAGGAAUUGGUUGGAGGGAUUUCUGCUAUGGCGAUACAAGAUCAAAACAUUACACCACCAGGUUCACUCCGACGCUCUCCUAGACGAAAAGAACAACAGGCUCUCCUAAAACCACCACCACCCCUUACCCCGGCUCAACUCCGAAGACUCCCAGUAAUAAGCCCACCUGAGCUAGAAAUACAAGAUCAACUUAAGGAUGGGGAAGAAAAAAAGGAAUUACAAGUGCUUUCCUGGGCCGACAUAUGCCCACCGGGCGAUAAAAUCGUCAAGAUAGCAGAGGCUUCUUAUGCGGAAGUCUAUCGCGUGACGAACGAACGCGGGACUAGCAUUAUCAAAGUUAUCCGGAUGGAAUCACCGAUAAAGGCACAAACAAAACCUCAACAAAAAUCGGGGCUUGUUGACGAAGAACCACAUUCCGAGUCGGACUUGAUGGGCGAAUUAAAGAUCUCAGAGUGGCUUGCCGACAUACCAGGUUUCGUCGUCUAUAAGGAAAGAUACAUAGUUCAGGGGAAGGCUUGCAAGGAGUUACUCGAGACACACCAGGCAUUUCACAGGAAGUUAAAACGGCAGGAUCCAGAUAGACUUCAAUUCUAUCCAUCGCCAAGCCGAUACUUGCCUGGCACCAAGUUCCUAGUGGUUGAGCUAGGUGACGCGGGGACGGCACUUGAGGAUUUUGAGCUGGAAUCUGCCGACCAGCUAUGGGAUAUAUUCUUUCACGUCACCAUCGCGCUCGCUCGUGCCGAAGCUCAUAUAGAAUUUGAGCAUCGGGAUCUUCACGAGGGAAAUUUAUGUAUUCGUAAGAUGACAGAACCGAUUCCCACGGCAGACCGGGAGCGUUCUAGCUGCUUUGGAUUUUCUGGUCUCGAUGUAACGAUACUCGAUUACGGGCUCUCUCGAGCUCACGCCAACUACGAGGACGAAGAUUCAUUACCUAUUGCUUAUGAUCUAGAAAGGGAUUUAAGCAUUUUCACCAGCGAACACGCACCCCAGUGCCAGGUGUAUAGACGUAUGAGAUCCUUUAUGCUGCGAGGAGACCGAGUGUGUCUACCCCCAAAAAGUCACAAGACACCUUACGAAGAGGGAAUCGACGGCCCAAUUUGCUGGGCUCAACACGAACCUUACACGAAUGUAUUAUGGCUUGCGUAUAUCUACCAAUGGAUGGUGAAGCAUUUCAAGGGACCCAAGAAAGAGGUCAAUGCUUUUAAGCGCGCCACGAAAGAAUUCUGGACGUACCUCGACCCUGAUGCUGCUGAAAAUGUACCGGGCUUCGGAAGUGCUAGUGAUAUCGUGAGGUUCGCACUGGAGUCGGGAUGGAUAGAAGAGGACCAGUUGAUGGGUAUGCGGGAUGAAGUCGAGAAAUCGAUAUUAUCGAUUCUGACGACUAAUGACUUAGGAAGGGAGAUAGAUGAGGAAACUUUUGCAGAAGCAUAUCUGAGAAGAUCGCCUAGAAGGCGCUAA